AUGCCCUCCGACCUCCUCAAGCCACUGGCCGUAUUCGCCCGCCAGCCUCUGUCGCAACGCUACAUCAAAGCCAUCAGAAACCUGGGAGAUGCAUGGCGUCGCCUCGUCGACGAGCCUCUCUCUGAGUCAGAUACCAAGUCCACCCUCGUGGAAACCAACUUCGACCUGGUCCUCACGAUCAAGAGUGCACAGGAAGCUCAGUCGUCCCUGUCGAAUCCCAUGGUCGUCGAGAUGUCCACUCGCGAGCCUCUGGCUGCGCCACCCGAGGACACCACUACAUCAGGAUCUCCGCCCCGCCACUACCGCAUCUUCGCCGACUGGGGCACGGAUUUCAUCUGGCGCGAUUUCGACGACCUGCGGGGUGACGAAGGCGACUGCGUGCUGGAGGCGGACGAAGUACUCAGCUCCCCCGUCUACCCUCCAUCCGUGUUCGAGCACUACGAUGCGUGGGUGGAGACGCAAACCGAGAACUUCGACCAACGACUCAACAAGACCGGCGACUUCCAUGCCUCCACGUUUGCCACCGUCGCGGAAGAAGUGGCCUGGAAUGUGGCGGGGUAUCUGCUGGCUUGGCGCAUUGCCAUGGCGCCGGACGUCGGGAGGAUCGAGUUCAGCGCGGGCGUGUCGAAGUAUAUGCUCGAAAAAGGGAAUGAGACGAGCGUGACGCUGUCUUUUCUGCGGGAUCAGGCUGAGCUCUUAGCGAAGGGAGAGUCGGUAGCAUAG